UCUCUACAGAUAUUUUUGUCUACAUAGAUAUUACAAGCAUGAGGUUAUAGUUAUGCUUGAUAUGAAUCAUCUUAUCCUUCCAAUGAGCUGCCAAGCUUUGCACAACCGGUAAUAAUUAAUGGCUUCCACUUCGUGUUCUUCGCCGUGCCUGCAAACCAAUGCCGCCGGCAAAUCCAGCUUCCCUUUCUCUCCAGCAUCAAAUUCAAAACCCUCCCACAAAACCAUCAACUUCCCAUUGUCCCUUCCCUUAACCAAACUCAAAGCUGCAAAAUCAUCAUCAAGCACCUUCAAGUUCAAUGAGGUUGCAGUGGACGACGAAGAGAUGGACAAGAUUAGGAGGCUGCAGAAUGGGUCGGACGUUCGCGGCGUGGCCCUGGAAGGUGAGAAGGGCCGCGCAGUCGACCUUACGCCUCCGGCAGUGGAGGCUAUUGCCGAGAGCUUUGCCGAGUGGUUGAUUGGUGGGAUGGAGAAGGAGCCAAGAGGCGGCGGAGUUAGGGUUUCACUGGGGAAGGAUCCAAGGAUUUCCGGCAGAGUGUUGAGCGUCGCAGUGUUUGCGGGGCUUGCUCGGGCUGGUUGUCAAGUGUUUGACAUGGGGCUUGCUACUACGCCGGCUUGCUUCAUGAGCACAUUGUUGCCUCCAUUUGCAUAUGAUGCUUCUAUAAUGAUGACGGCAUCGCACCUACCCUACACCCGAAACGGCCUCAAGUUUUUCACGAGGAGAGGCGGGUUGACUUCGCCGGAGGUGGAGGACAUAUGCAACCGAGCAGCUCGCAAGUACGCCAAUCGGCUGGCUAAAGUGUCGACGGCACUGCCUGUCUUGCCGGCGAAGGUGAACUUCAUGAGCACUUACGCCGAGCACCUCCGAAACAUAAUCAAGGAGAGAGUGAACCAUCCACUGCAUUACGAAACUCCUCUCAAGGGCUUUCAGAUCAUAGUAAAUGCAGGAAAUGGAUCAGGAGGAUUCUUCACCUGGGAUGUUCUGGACAAGCUCGGAGCCGACACCUUCGGGUCUCUCCACCUCAACCCGGACGGCAUGUUUCCCAAUCACAUCCCCAACCCUGAGGACAAGACCGCUAUGGCCUUGACCAGAGCCGCCGUGCUGGAGAACUCGGCCGACCUCGGCAUCGUUUUCGACACCGACGUCGACCGGAGUGGCGUGGUGGACAGCGCCGGAAACCCCAUCAACGGCGACAAGCUCAUAGCCCUCAUGGCCGCCAUUGUGCUGAGAGAGCACCCCGGAACCUCCGUCGUCACUGACGCUCGCACCAGCAUGGCGCUCACCAAGUUCAUCACUGAACGGGGGGGCCACCAUUGCUUGUACCGGGUUGGCUAUAGGAAUGUGAUUGAUAAGGGAGUUCAUCUUAACGAAGAUGGGGUUGAGACCCAUCUGAUGAUGGAAACUUCUGGCCAUGGCGCCCUUAAGGAGAACCAUUUUCUUGACGAUGGUGCUUACAUGGUGGUGAAAAUCAUAAUCGAAAUGGUACGAAUGAGGCUUGAAGGAUCAAACGAAGGCAUCGGUAGUUUGAUCGAAGAUCUGGAGGAGCCAUUGGAAUCGGUAGAGCUGCGGAUGAAUGUCAUCUCUGAGCCAAGACAUGCAAAGGCAAAAGCCGUAGAAGCCAUUGAAGCAUUUAGAAACAGCAUCCAGGAAGGAAAGCUGCCUGGGUGGGAGUUAGAUUCCUGUGGAGAUUGUUGGGUCAGUGACGGCUGCCUUGUAGACUCCGAUGAUGCUCCGGCAGCCAUCGACGCUCACAUGUACAGGGCAAAAGUGUCAGAUGAAGAGCAUGGGCAACAUGGGUGGGUACACAUUCGGCAGAGUAUUCACAACCCUAAUAUUGCUGUAAAUAUGCAGUCCACACUCCCCGGUGGCUGCAAGACCAUGGCAAGAGUUCUAAGGGACAGGUUUCUGAUAGCAAGUGGAGUAGACAGAAUCCUUGACACCACCCAAAUUGAUAAAUAUGCAGAAAGUUGAUACCUGCCAAUAUACCUACUCAUAUUAACAUAAAUAAAUAUAUUCUGAUAGCAAGUGGGCGGCGGUGUGUUUGUGUGUGUGUAUGUGUGUAUGUAUGUAUGUAUGUAUAAGUGCAUGGCCAUGGCUGUACUGAGAAUUUUGGC